AUGGCUUUAGAAUCGGAAGUUUCAAGAAUAUUUCUUGAGCAUGUUUUCUGUCCUAAAAGCAGACCAAAGGGUUGGCGAGUCCUCGUUUUGGAUGAGCGCUCGACAGAAAUACUGUCAUCUUGUCUGAGAAUGCAAGAUAUUAUGGACACAGGAGUCACUUUGGUUGAAAACAUAACAAAGAAGAGGCGAAAUCUGCCUAUGGAGGCUAUUUAUCUUCUUGAGCCAUGCAAAGACUCUGUCAGCCGUCUUCUCAGGGAUUUUACAAACAACCCAAAAAACUACACGGCGGCUUAUGUCUAUUUUACGAUAGCAUGCUCAGAUGAAAUACUUAAACAAAUCUCUGUUUCUGGCUGUGUGAGAUACUUCAAGGCCCUCACUAUUCUCAAUAUCGGCUUCCUGCCUAUCGAAUCCCACAUAUUUUCCAUAAAUUGUCACGAAACGGCAUGGCUUUAUACAUGUCCUGUGGAUCGUGUACCAGAUAUGAACAAUCGACUUGAGAGUCUAGCCGAGCAAAUUGCUACACUGUGUGUAACCUUGAACGAAUAUCCUAAAAUUCGAUAUAGAAAGCGUUCAAGUAACCUAGAACUCGCACAAUUUAUACAAUUAAAGCUGACAAAACACAAGGGAGAUAAUCCACAAUUGGGCCAGGGCCUGCAUAAAGAUCGCAGUAUCCUCCUUUUAUUGGACAGAGGAUUCGAUCCACUCACUCCUCUACUUCACGAUCUUACAUUGCAAUCACUGACACGGGAUCUGAAAGAAAUUAACGGUAACAGCUACAAAUAUGGAAAAGGUCAGGAAUAUGAGCUCACAGACAAGGACAAGCUCUGGAAAGAGUUGCGCAAUGAACACAUCGCAGAUGUGUCCAAGUCCCUGCCCACACGGCUUCGAGCGUUCGCGGAGAGCAAACGCCACUUUUUAGCCUCAACAAAGAAGGCGGACGAGAUUGCGAGUGGCGCUAGUAGUCUGCGCGGCUCACAGGAGUCAAUUAAUAGUGUAGGCACCACCUCCUCUGGUGUUGUGAAUUAUGGGGCUGAUGUACCUCCAGACGCAAACUCAAACGCCUCAAGGCUCAGCAGUGCUGCCCAUCUACGCGCUCUUCAGGCCAUGGUUCAUGAGAUGCCGCAGUAUCAAAAGGAAGCAGCCAGUUACAAUGCUCUUGUCUCUAUCACUGACUAUUGCUUAUCUGCUUGCCGGGAGAACAUCAACAAUAUUUGUACUGUAGAGCAGGAUCUGGUCAUGGGACAAACUGCACACGGCGAUACUUUACCAGAUCCAAUGAUGUCGUUGGUGAACGUCUUGAAACCGGACUCAAUGACUGAAGUGGACAGAUUUCGACUGAUCUUGAUCUACGUUAUAACACAAGGUGGUAUAUUGGAGGCCAAUUUGGAAAAGCUCCUCGACUAUGCACGACUUUCACUGACUUACAAAUCUCUUGUUGCAGCAAUGUCCUCCAUCAUGGGUGCACGGUUGAUCUCCAGCGUUGAUGGAUCGUUUGAUUCGCCGCUGUUUAGAGGUCUGCCAAGUCUUGCAUCAGCCCCCUCCUUCAUUCAGUACUAUUUGCCCAUCAAGGGAAAACGUUUGCGUGACGUAGAUGAGAACUCCUACGCUCUCUCGCGAUGGGUGCCCUAUCUCGAUGAUCUACUUGAGAAAUGCAUCUCGGAUAGCUUGGACUCACAGUGCUUCCCCUACCUUCCGGGUGUUCAGGGCUCCCUGUCAAAAGUGGGUUCCUUUCCCAAACCCACAGAUCAAUUAGCGGUCCCGAAUAGCAGCGACUUACGUGGUCCUUCGGCACGUUUCCGGGCGCCCUCUCCCCAACCUCCCUCGACGACGAGGACUGGCGGCAGUGAAGGCCCGGCAGGGGGCAUACCCACUUCACCCGACCUCAGUAAUCGACAGAAGCAGCGCUCUGAUAGUGGGCGCAGCACUGUGAGUGCUGAUGACUCCAUCUUCGGCGAAACGUCCAUGUCGGACCACUGCGGACCACGACUCAUUGUUUUUGUGGUCGGGGGAAUCACCUGGCCCGAGACGCGCGUCUGCUAUUCUGUCACCCAAAGGUGCAUGGAGGCGCGCCUGGCAGCCAGCGACAAGUCGUCGGGUCCAGCAACAGGCGUACAUGUGAAGAACCGCGGUCACUUGGGGAGGCACUCACACAAGUCUAGUGGCCUCUCGCUGCCCCCCUCUCAACCCAGCAACCAGCACGUGCUGAAGAACGGCGGUGGAGCCGGGUGGAAUUGGGAAGUUAUCCUAGGAGGGACAGGCGUUCUCACUCCCAAACAAUUCGUCGCAAAUCUUCAAAACCUCGUGGAAUAUUCAUGA